CCAACCUCGCAACCACCACCCUUCAGGAGCUCUAGGGCAGGAACGAGACAAAGAGGGGCUGCCCCCCGGCGAGAGUGGGGUUAAUCCGCCUCCUCCCGCAUGCACCCUCGCGAGUGGCCAAGAUGCUUGUCAAUCAGCUGGGGAGCGAGGGAGACGAGGCUAACCUUUCGAUCCCUUUCUCUCUCUGUGGCAGGUCAGGUGUCUGUCUGUUUUUCGCCAGCGGCAGCAACUCCAUCCAUUUCAGUUAAGACAUUUCCCCCUCGCUCACUAGAUACGCGCCGGCGUCUGUCUUGGAUGCCUGUCUGAACUGCCCUUUACCAUGUGAAGAUGAUAACGCUUCUGAACAUGUGCAAAGCGCCCCGUCCACUUAUAGCUGACACUUUCUCCAGCCACAUACACCCGCUAGUGACCACAGAGCUGCAUAAAUAUUGCGUGAAAUUUUCUCGUCUGCUCCGCCAGAGCCCUCGCUUGUUUAUUUUUAUUCCGCGGUCGUGCAAUGCUGCUGUCAACCAAGUAGAUUGCCUUGCUGGAAGCUCCAGCAGGUGGAGCUCGCGGCUCGCCUCUGUAGCCUAGCCGGAAUCAGCAAGCGGGAGACGGAGCGCCCGGGUUUGUUUCGCCUGGCGCGGGCCUGGCUUGCAGGCUGCAUCCCGGACAGGCAAAGAUCCAAGGUGACUGGAGGGGGUAGAGAGACAGGCGGCCAGGUUACUUUUACUUCGAAGCGCAGCAAUAAGGCAUCACAAUUCACAGAAAAGGCUUCAUGGAGUGAUUGUUGGUGAACACUGAAUCUCUGUAAUCCUGGGGCAUAGAAUAUAGAUAUAAUCAAUUUGGCAAAUACUGUACCAACCUCCUUAAUUGAGUACCAGAUUUACAGAACAAUUCCAUACACGACUUACUGCCUGAUGCCAUGGGGGACUUGGGCCUGGGCCGGGAGUUCCACACCUGGCACCAGUUCAGCACAUUCUUCGACGACUGGUGUGAAAAGCAUAAAGUGCUGUUCAUUAUUGCCAGCCUGAAGCCACUGAUCUCACUGCGCCAGAACCCACCCCACUAUCAGCCCAGCCUGGCCGAGACGCUCCGUUUCCGUUUUGUGCGUCUCAUCUGCAAGCACAGUGGGACCUACGUGGGGCAGAGCACAGUGCAGCGCAACCGCCUCAGUGAGAAGAUUGACUGCCCAGCCUCCAUCACAUUGCGCCUAGGCCCCAAGAAGGACCGCUUGGUGGUGAUUGAGGCCAACCUGGAGCAUAACCACUGCCUGUCGGAGCUGGAGUUUACCCACCACUUCAAACGGCACCAGCUGAGGGCCAGCCUGGGGCUGCCCAUCCGCAUCACGAACAGUAUUUCCAAGCGCUUUCUGGCACCUGAUCUUAUCUGGAACCUGGAGGACUACAGCAAAGCCAAAGACAAGGGCAUGUGCGACCUCCUGGCUGUUCUGGAUGGGCUCUUCAAGGCAGAUCCAGGGGCCAAAGUGAAACUUGUGUUCCAGGAGGAUGUGGCUGUCCUCAAUAGCAUCUUCCUGGCCACCUCACACAUGCGCACACUGGUGCAACACUUUCCAGCCCGCCUCUUCCUGGAGCGUGCCGCCUACCUUGAUGCAGACUUUGAGCUCUACACAGUGUUAUGCCAAGAUGCCAAUGGGCGUGGACGUGAGGUAGCCUACUGCUUGGCACGCCAGGGUCUGCCUGACCUCCUUAUAUUCAUUGUGGCUUCACUGGUGCAGAGCGCCCCAGACAUCAAAUUGCAGGUGAAGGUGGUCACAGUGGGGGCUGGGGUGACAGGGUUGGAUGUGGUGGAGGAGGUUCUGCCAUGUGCCCGUGUCCAGAUCUGCCGCCUGCAGGUCUUGGAGGCCCUCUACUGCAAAGCUUGUGAACUUUCUCUGCCAAAGGAGGACCAGAUUCGCAAUCUGUUGCUCAACUUGGCUAAUGCCAACUCGCCACGGGUCUACAGCCAGUACCUGAGUGACCUGGAAGAUGUAGCUCCACUCUCUUUUUUGCAGUACUUCCUGGAGUGUUGGCAUCCUCACAAAGGUAUGUGGGUAGAGUGUUGGGCCUUUGAGAAGAACAGAGAAUGCUCCUUCCUUGACCACCUUAGCACUCAUCGCCGUAAGCUUCUGACAGCACUCAGCCCUCCUAUGGCGUUGGCCGCCUGUGUCCAGGGCCUGCUAGAUCUCCAGGCUCUGCAUGUGGAGACCUCAAUGCUCAAUGUGGCACCUGUGGUCGAGCUCUACCACACCACCUGCUUGCCUGACAGUGCUGAUCUGGUGGCUGAGGAACUGGAUCUGGUGCCCCAUGCACACUAUGAACUCAAGGACACACCCGAUGGGUACCUACUGGAGGGAAACACCUGCUCUUUUCUGGUGAGCCAGGACCUGGCCAGUUGCAGCUGCUCCAUCUACAUGGCUCACCAGCUGCCCUGCCGACACAUAUUUGCCGCACGCCUUUGGGUUGGAGAGCUUCUCUUUGACCCCAGUCUGCUGCCCACCUCACCAGACAGGCAUCAAGACAGCAUAGGGCAGGAAGAAUGCUAGCCACGAUACCCAUUGGGCCAAGUGCCAGUCCAUUUAUAGGCAUUUAGUGGCAGUACAGAGGCCUGGUGACCACCUCAAUAUUUGCCACUCUAACACAGGGAAGAUGCUGUCCUCAUCAUCACUGCCACACAUCUUUGGGUGUGAAUGAUCCAGUCUGGGGCACUAGACAGAAUGACUGCUAAUCAGUCAUUGUAGGAUUGGUGGGUACUAAGAAAUAUCUCAUGAGUACUGCCAUAUUCUAGGAUAGGGGUACUGUGAACUUAAUAAAUAAAUAAAAUCGAGUCAUAAAUAAAAAUAAACUUCUACAGAUAUUCCAGAGAAAAAGGAACAGAAAACAGGUGCAGUUUGAAGAACAGUUUCGAAGCCCCACGUAGAAGUUGAGCCAGAAGCCUCCAGGUAGCUGCAGUGGAGUUGAGGUAGAGCUGGAAAAGGCUCCUGCCUGAAACCAUGAAGAGCCACUGCCAAUCAGUGAUGACAGUACUGAGCUAGGUAUGUUUCGGUAUGAUGCAAAUAUAUUUUGCAAGUCAAAGCACAAAAUUCUGUAACUAAGAAAGCCAAGUUCUGACAAUUUUCAGCAAGCAGAAUAGGAGAUUGGUGUACGUUCUGCCUUAAAAAAAGGUAAAGAUUCUUCACCAUCACCAAAGUAGCUCAAAUUCUUUUGUAAAAGAUGCUGGACUCUAUAUACAUUGUGCAAAAUGUGGCACAAUCCUGUGCAGAGUUAGGUGACCAUAGAACCUUAAUGAACUUAAGAUGCGUCUAGUUCUGUUUGGAUCGGAGUGUUGAGCAUAUUUACUUGCUUAUUCUGAUUUUGCUAGUUAUGGGAAGAGGCAAAGAACUGUGGAAGUCACUGACAGCCCAGCCUCCAACCAAUGACAAUCCUCAACGCUUCAAGGCUUCUGAGUUUUCCUCCAGGAAAUGUCCACACUCCAGAUACUGGAUUUUAUGCCCCAUAUCAGUUUUCCCAGUUUUGAAAUUCACAGAACCCUAUGAAUAAGCAAUGUACCUUGACAAAGGUUAUACCAUGCUGUUUGAUUAUCUGAUUCAAUAAAUAAUUGGUUUAUUUAUUCA